UUCACUAACGUCUAGCGCAUUGGAAUUUUAACCGCAAAAAGAAAUCUGGUUGUUUUACGUUUAUUUUUGUCAUGGGAGAGCCAAAUGCUGAUGUCACGUACUACUUUCAGGGGAGGGGUGAUUGGUGAGACUGGUUACUAGUCUCGUCAGGAGUAUGUUGACGCCUUGUAGUAUUUGCCAGUUGUUCGCUUCAAAUGUAUCUGUGAAUGUGUGGCCAAUUUUUUUUUUCUAGAAUGACCACUGUUAGACCUUUCAGAUGCGAGGAUAUGUUUCAUUUCAGCAAUGUGAACUUAGAUCCCUUGACUGAAACUUAUGGACUAGCAUUCUAUCUUCAAUAUCUGGCACACUGGCCAGAGUAUUUUCAAGUAACAGAAUCACCUACAGGACAAAUUAUGGGUUACAUUAUGGGAAAAGCUGAAGGAAGUGUGCAACAAGAAGAAUGGCAUGGUCAUGUGACAGCAGUAACUGUAGCCCCUGAGUAUCGACGACUUGGACUAGCAGCAAAGCUGAUUUCCAACUUGGAAGAGAUCUCAGAAAAGAAAGAUGCUUUUUUUGUGGACUUAUUUGUGCGCAUGAGUAACAAUGUUGCUGUAGACAUGUACAAGCAGCUAGGUUAUGUGAUUUAUAGACGAGUCCUUGAGUACUAUUCAGGAGAUCCAGAUGAAGAUGCCUUUGACAUGCGUAAAGCACUGUCACGUGACAAAGACCAGAAGUCCAUUGUCCCACUAAAGGACCCUGUUAGACCUGAAGAUAUUGAAUAAAACAAGGGACCAACUGCCAGCAGAUAGGACUUAAGGUUUUGUAGAGGAAUUGCUUGAACUCUUUCUCACACACCUUAGGGUUAGGGUUAGGGUUAGGGUUAAGGACAUUUUAAGAAGUUUCUGAACACUUUCUCUUGUGACUUUUUGCUAAAUUUAUACCCUAUAACAUUAUUUAUUGGUCAGGACAAAUGUUCAUCUUUUAAAUUUGUAGCCUGCAGAACAGGCGUGAUACCGGGGAGCUAGUAAAUUAUAACUGCCAUCUUUUAAUUUUGCUGUAGUGGAAGGCUGGUAGAAAGAGAGGGA